AUGUCGGGCAGAAGAGGCGGCAAUCGCAUCCGCGGCCCUCAAAGCGCAUUGACGGAUUUCCUUGCCGCCAACAACAUCUCCGCUGCCCAGAUUCGUGAUGAGUACGAGCGACGUCGACAAGCCACCGAUGAAGACGAGAAUGCCGGCGAAGGCUCGUCAGUCCCAACACCACCAGAGGUCGAUGAGGAGGAGAUAGCAGCUGCCAUUGCAGCCGAGGCCGCUGAAAAGGAGGAAAAGGCCGAGAAGUCCAAGAAGCGCAAGCGCAAGACGGAUGAGGCAGUCGAGAAGGUGAAGAAAGAGAAGGCGAAGAAGGCGAAGAAGAGCAAGAAGAAGCGAGAUGAUUCGGACGACGAGUCAGAGUAUGACGAUGGCUUGGGGAAGGAGAUGUAUAAGAAGUCACGCCCUUUGCCAGGCCAGCUCGAGCACUGCGAUAUUUGCAACAAGCGCUUCACGGUCACGCCGUAUAGCAAAGAGGGUCCUGAUGGCGGGCUUCUGUGUACCCCAUGCGGCAAGGAGAUGGCGAAGGAUGCGAAGACAGAGAAGAAGGCUGCGUCAAAGCCGGCUGGCAGGAAGAGGAGAAAGGCUGAGAGCGAUCGGCUGGACGGUAUCGCAGUUGGCGGUGCCAAGUCACUCCAGCAGCUUUGCAUUGCCAAAGUCGCCCAGCACCACGACGAUGUCGACGAAUUUGGGGAUAUGCCUCAGCCGGUGCUGGAACGCUUGGGCGAGAUCUUCUCUAAGAAGCGGGUGCUCAGGCCGAAGACACUGCCUCUCUUCCUUCGGCCAGACCUGGACGCUGUGAUGAUCCACGAAGCUGCAUAUUUGGAAGAGGAAGAUUACGAGAAGAUCUUCGCCACGGUGCCGAAGAUGAAGAAGCUUGUGCUUUCGAAUGCUUGCCAGCUCAAGGAUCCUGCAAUUGACUACCUGCUGGAAAAGUGCCAGGACAUUCGCUAUAUCCACCUCUACGCCGCGAACCUCGUCUCUGACAGCAUGUGGUAUCGAGUGUUCAGGGAAGCAGGCCCGAAUCUGGAGGUGUUGAAGCUGAAGUGGUUGGAUGCGACAUUCGACGAUCUGGCAGUUAAGGAGUUGGCGAAACACGCACCAAAUCUGGGAAGACUCAAGUUAAAGCUGUGUCGAAAUAUUGGCGAGGGUGCCGUCAAGGCUAUCUCCAACAUGCCGAAGCUCGAGCAUCUGUCUCUCAUGAUGAACAAGGAGGUUCCAACGCCGGCUUUAGUACAGUUGGUCAACAAGCGAGGACCCAAUCUUCGCACGCUCUCGCUCGAGAAGUUCCUGGACGCUGAUGAUUCUGUUCUGGAGGCGAUCAAGACCUCCUCCCAGCAACUCACCAAGCUCAGAAUCAGCGAGAACGACACCAUCACCGAUGCAGGUUACGAAGCGCUCUUCACAGACUGGACCAACCCACCGCUCACCUUCGUUGAUUUCAACUCCACUCGGGACGUCGACAACAACAACCCAGACGGCCCGGAGGACGCUAUCGGCAUGGCAUCGGCAGGUUUCAAAGCACUCAUGGCACAUUCAGGCCCUCACCUCAAGCACGUCGACAUCGCUUCAUGCCGGCACAUCGAGCUCUCUGCCUUCAUGGACGUCUUCAACGGCGCGAUGAACUACCCCGAUCUUGAGUACAUCAACCUCAGCUUCUGCAACCGCGUCGACAACAGCGUCAUCGCUGGCAUCUUCAAGAGUUGUCCGAACCUCAAGAAGCUCGUGGCGUUUGGCUGCUUCGAUGUUCUUGAUGUGGUCGUGCCUCGCAAUAUUGCUUUGAUCGGUGUUCCCAAGGCGCAGGAUGCCAUAGAGCAGUUUGGCGUGGGUAUUGGUGUGGACGAAGCGCUGUCGAGGAUGGUGGAGGUUGGUGCGUGA